UGCGGCGCGUCGGUUCCGCGGCUCCUCCGCGGCUCCACCCCGGGGCGGAGCUGCGGCCGCAGCCGGAGGCGGGCGGGGAGCGGGGCUGCGCGGCGGCGCUGCCGGCUCUGCUCUGCCCGCCGGGCCCGCUGCGCCGCGCGGAGCUGCCGCGGGUUUCUACCGUAUUCUCAGUGGACACUGCGAUGGGCCUUUCCCAGCUCGAUCUCAAGAUGCCGUUAUAGCAGCAGGCAGCUGCGAUCCAGAGGACCUGUGGUGGGACAUUGUUUCCCGCUGGGACAUCCUUCACCCCCCCUCUCUCGGCAGAAGCGAUGGAUGCCCAUGUGGACCUCCUGACGGAGCUGCAGCUGCUGGAUAAGGUGCCCACGCUGGAGCGGCUGCGGGCAGCCCAGAAGCGGAGGGCGCAGCAGCUGAAGAAGUGGGCGCAGUAUGAGAAGGAGAUGCAGCACAAGAAGAGGAAGCACGAGAAGAAGAGAAAUGCUGUUAACCGAAAGAAAGUGUCUUUUGAAGCCAGCGUCGCUCUGCUGGAGGCUUCUCUGAGGAAUGACUUGGAGGAAGUGUGUUACUUGCUGAAGAGCAACAUCAGCCCAGACCUGUGCAAUGAAGACGGAUUAACUGCACUGCAUCAGUGCUGCAUAGACAACUAUGAAGAGAUAGUCAAGCUUCUCCUCAACCAUGGGGCCAAUGUCAACGCGAAGGACAACGAGCUGUGGACUCCGUUGCACGCAGCAGCUACAUGUGGUCAUAUCAACCUGGUGAAGAUUCUCAUCCAGCACGGUGCGGACUUGUUGGCAGUAAAUGCAGAUGGCAACAUGCCGUAUGACCUCUGUGAAGAUGAACCAACUCUGGAUGUCAUUGAGACUUGCAUGGCCUAUCAAGGAAUUACACAGGAAAGGAUCAAUGAGAUGCGGGCUGCUCCGGAGCAGGUCAUGAUCUGUGACAUUCAUGACAUACUUGCAACUGGACAAGACCUGAACCGGACUGAUGCCCAAGGUGCUACACUGCUGCAUAUAGCUGCAGCCAAUGGUUAUCUGCAUGCAGCUGAAGUCCUUCUUGACCAGGGGGCAAGCCUGGAUGUUAAGGACUGGGACGGCUGGGAACCGCUUCAUGCUGCUGCUUUCUGGGGACAGAUGCAGAUGGCUGAGUUGCUUGUGUCCCAUGGAGCUAGUUUGAGUGCCAGGACAUCUUUGGAUGAGAUGCCAAUAGAUCUGUGUGAAGAGGAGGAAUUCAAAGUCUUACUUCUGGAGUUGAAACACAAACACGAUGUGAUCAUGAAGUCUCAGAUGAGACAUAAAUCCUCCCUGAGUCGAAGGACCUCCAGCACUGGCAGCCGGGGGAAGGUGGUGAGGAGGGCCAGCCUUACGGACCGAACAAACCUCUACAGGAAGGAGUGCGAGAAAGAGGCCAUCGUCUGGCAGCAACUGGGGGUGGCGGAAGAAGGAAGAAACUCAGGUCUCAUUGGAGAAAUUGGAGAGACUCGGUCUGACCAGGAGAAUACAGACCCUAAUUCAGUGCUGGAGAACUCUUCCCUCCUUCCGGAGUUAGCAAACAAAAGCACCCAGUGUGACUCUGAGAUCCCCCUGCAGAAUGGACUCAUGGCAUCUGCCAGCCCUUACCAGUACACCUUCUCCAACGGGGACGUUUGGAGUAUGCACGCUGACCCUGACGGCAACCCCGGCCACAUGCUGCCCUACGGCAACCCCGGGCUCCCCGACACGCAGCAGUUCUGGGGCGCCUACAAGGAGCACAACCACCAAACCCUCUCCGAACUGAAGCGGCAGCGGGCGGCAGCCAAACUCCUCAACCACCCUUUCCUCAGCACCCACUUCGGCAGCGGCGUGGCAGGAGUUGCCGAGAAUGGGGGUGAGGCCAAGUCACACCUAAUCGGAUCCAGGACUUCUCCCUACAGCUCCAAUGGGACCUCGGUGUAUUACACAGUGGCCAGUGGUGAUCCACCCCUCUUGAAAUUCAAAGCUCCCAUGGAGGAAAUGGAAGAGAAGGUGCAUGGGUGCUGCAGAAUUUCCUAGUCUCAUCUGUUUCUCACGCCAGAGGAAACAAGACGUGGGUGGGCUGGUUGGAUCCAUCACAGCGGCCAGGUUGUUUGCGUUCCAAGGGGAGAAUUUGGUUAUGGACAUCCUGACUGCGGCGGCCACGUUCAUCUUGAAUUGUACUUAACCCUGCCAAUUACUUCCAUUGCAGUUGAAUGAGUAACGCAGGUGGAGCGAGGCUCUCAGGAGAGGAAGGGAUGUGCAUCAGUAUGAUGUAAAAAGAGUCAUCUUAGCCUUGCUCUGUGGCAAAGGGAGGUACGGUGUGCUGCCUCCCCAUCCUCGGGAAGUCAAGAGACACCUUGGAAUGAAGAAAGGAUCUGAAUUAAAAUCUUUGCAUCUGAGCCUCUUGCUGUAAGUCACCAAGCUUCUGGAAGGUGACAGUUCAGACCUGAAUUUUCACUCUUGGGUGAUGCAUAAUAUCAUGGAAGGGAGAUCAACCGCCACAUGGGGUUUGCAAGAGUGGACAGAGCUGUUUUCCAUACAGCUGAAUGCAGCACUUACAGGGCCUGAGCAACAAGCAAGCGUAAACUCUGUGCUUGCUUUAGGAAGUUUGCAAGGUGUUAUCCCCUUGCAGUGACAGCUCACCAUCAAAAACUGCACUGGUGGGUCCUGUUCUGCUCUUGUAAACUCGUUACUGCAGAUUGCCAUCAGGUUUGAAGCAGAACUUUUCCUGGAUCGGGCUUCACUCCAUAGGCUUUAAAACUGAUGUUGCAAUAAGGGGCCCUGGCAAUAGAAUUUUACUGCAAUAAAAUACUGACAAAGGUCUACAUUGGGAUAAGUAAUUUAAAAAAAAACUUAUUUGUACUAUUUAGACUCUUAAUUUGUUAAAACUGAAAAGACUUUUGCUGUUCUCACUUUCCUAUUGAUUCUGUUUGUUUACUCCAUAUGCUCAACACAGAUUCUAGGGGCAGUAUGCUUUUGCAUUCCGAUUUUUUCUGGAUUUCCAGAACCACAGGGCUCGAGAGGGAUGAGGAGGAAAGGUUUGCCGAACCAGAAAUGCCAUGAAAGCUUUUCUGAUCUCUGUAGAUGUUACACCACUUGUGUUAACCUGCAGUCUUCGGCUGAUAAAUAACAGUUAAAUCAUCGCUUUGGUGGUUGAGAGUUGCAGCAGGGCAGGAGAUUGGUUUUUGUCUCUUUUCCAGCUCUCAUGCUGAAGUCGUCAGCAGUGAUUAGCAGCUGUCAGAAGACUUAAAUGCCUCUAUGUGUAAGGGAGUCCCAUAGUGCCAUGCAGUACUUAGCAAAGCCUCUCUGCUGGGUGUUAGUGUAGUUUGUGUCAGCUCUGACAAUACCUGAGAAACAGCUGCUUGGUGUAACCCAGGGGUUUGGCAUUGGCUCCUCAGCAAAUUAAGGCUUUGUGUACCCGGGGGAGGUGAAAGGAGAGAGCCCCAGGGAUGCAGCUCUGAGGAACUGGCCACAGUUGAGUUAACAAGUUGUAUCUAGAGAAUAACUGUAAAUCUUCAACCCUUUUUCUGCACAGAGGGGCUAUUGCACACGUAACUGUUUGCCUGCAUGAAUGCGUGUCUUCUGAGGUGGUUUAAAUUCCAAACUCUGUAACCCACCAUGGAUUAAAUCCAGCUCACGUAGUUGUGCUUUUCCAAGGAACAGCAAAUGCAGCUUCCACCAGUCUUCCUUUUAGCUGGCAGCUGUCAGACCUCAACAUUACACUUCACUCCUCCUGUGAGAAUCCUCCCAGCCUUUCCUUUUUUGUAGGCUAUAAAAAGCUGACGUAGGCUGCUGGUGAGUGUUAAGUGCUACCCUCUGCUCCCCAUCAAAUCCAGCCCAGUGCUGGAGAUGGAUGUUUUAUGGGAUGGGGCCCUGGGCUCCUCAUUCUCAGCUCCUCGAGGCCACAGCCACGCCAGAAACACUGUUGGACCUGUAAGAUCAUUACCAGGCUCACAAUUUACUCUUUUGAACCCUUUAAGAUACUGUUCUCUUCCUUGACCAGUUCUAAUAACAGGUUAGAAAAUGGUAGCAGUUCAUCUGACUCUCUUAAAACCUCGGUUCAGUUAAAGGCAGGGGGUUUCUUUGUAUGUUUUGAAACACUCAGAGAAAUUGGGCUUCCUCCAUUAUUGAAACACAUAUGCUAAAUAUAAGACAAGAAAAUACUUCUGUGCUUGAUUUAACCUUGAGGGAUUUUUAAAAGUAAUUCUGUAGUAAGAAUAAGAUGAUUUGGUAACUGGACAGACUUUACUGCAUCUGUGUGUGGUUAACAGCAAGAUUUCUGGUUACCUCGAGAAAAUUAUUCUGAGAUAACCCUGAGUGCAGCCUGGAUAUUACUGAACGGGGAGAUGAUCUCUCAGGUUGUCUCUGUUCCUGUGGUUGUGGGGUUUGUCUCUCCACAUCCAUCCUAUUGAGAGUUCUGGACUCAGUGUAACAAAUUCCAGUGCCGCUAUCCACUAGGUUGUAAGUGGUGCAAAAUUUGGUCCAUUCCCUGUUCGGGGAAGGAGGAGCUGAGCCCUUUUCCUUCUCAGAGCAAUUUUUUUGCUGUUGAGUAUAUUGAAUCCUACCUAACUGCAAGCAAAUGAAAACAUCAUCAUUGAACUGAUAGUGGUGAGGAGCUGGAGGCUUGUUUUCACUGAGAGCUGUUCAUAUGGUAAAACUGUAGGAAGCCCAUCCAUUUUUAGACAAACGGCUUUUAGUCUGUCGGUAUUUCACUCUGCUUAUAUGUGGAGUUCCAGGAACUCAUCACUCUAGCUGUGAUCUUGAGUAAAGCAACAAUUGAUUUACUAUCAGGCAAAAAAUAUUACAGGUUGUAGAUUACAAAACAUCCCCCUAAUUAGACUUUACAUUGUAAUUGUAAAAUUGGCUGUAAUACAGCUCUUCUGGCUUGAUCACUGUUAAGCUGCUCACUGAAGUCUAGUGGCAUCUGAUCAAGUGUAAUAUAGUCUUAUGAGACAAGAGAGUCAGUAAUGAUAAAUCUUCCAGGAUAUGUUUCACAGCCAUGCCAAGUAUUUAUCUACUGCUUUGGGUUGAAGUUGCAUAGAGUGGGACUUGCAAAGGAGUGACCUGGAAUGGAUUCAUCCUUAUGUGUUGGUGACAUCUGGGAUAUAGUGGUCGCUGCCUGUGGGGCACUGGAAAUACGCUCAGGGAAGAAGCCGGCAGUUCACGCUCCGUGCAGAGUUGUUUGCUCUAGGUCUGGGAUGAGCAAUUCUGCAAAGUGGAUAUUUAACCUGCCUCUGGUAAAGUAUUUUGUAGAGACAAACAGUCUUUUGAAGGAAUAACAAAUACAUAGAUACUCCUACAUGUGCAUUGUAGGAGCCUGCCUCUAGGAAUAGAGCUUUUUAUUAUAAAAGUUAGCAGUGUUACAACAAUAGUGGCGUUUUUAUAUCUAUGUGUUUGAAAGGCCAUCCCAGUGGAAAGCUCUGAGGUACAUAGCAGAAGGCACUUGGCUGUUUUGUUGUAUCUUAAUAUUGCCAAAAAAGCUGUAGAAAUCAGAAAUCAUAUUGUGACUGGCACAUCAAGCACUUGGUUUAUUAGAGGAAGAUUUGGAGGGGUUUAUGCUGUGCUCAGUGUUUUUAGGCUCAGUAAAUAUCUAUGUACAGAUUGAAGGUCAGAUUUGAGUCCUACUUCUGUUAGCAGUAAUCCAGAGGUUGUAGUUGUUCAUACAGACUACGCAAAGAUUUGAGAAUGUGGAUGUCUUGACAGGUCUUUUGUAGGCAGAGCAGCACAUGAGAACAACCCUUCUGCUUGCAAUAUCUCCUUGUAUGCUGAAGGCAGCCACUGGCUGGUUGAUGAGAGCAAUAUUACUUUCCAUGUUGAAGGAGCUUUUUUAGAUGGGAAAAAGGUGUCUCUGCUUUACUGAGCUCAACCAAGAAAGUCCCAGCACCAAAAUGUUAGAUAAGGGCUCAAGUACCCCUGCUGGGAUCUGACAUCAGACCUGCAUCUGUAUUUCAUGUCUCAAGUGACGUGAUUUUUGCCCAUUUAGUCUCAGUUCUGUGGUGCUCCAGAAUCCGAAAAUCCUCCCAGUUUGGGGAAGAACUGACUCUAGCUGAUGUGGAUCUGUACCGGCUUGCAGGUGUGGUUGAAUGACCACGAGGAUGAGGGACUCCUGGUGGGGGAAAAAGAGCACGUCAGGGCAACAGCAAUAACACGUCAGUGCAAUAUUCCGUGGAGGCUGUAAAUUUGCUAGUUUAUUGAGCGGGGUCUUAACUUCACGGGGUUGAAAACACUUAGAAGCUCCCAAAUGGCAUUACAACUUCUGCUUAGUGUUCUUUUGCUUUAUCUUUGGAGGUCUGUUUACUCAGAUCUUCUCUGCUGAAACUAAAUCAAUAGCGUGAAACAGGAAUAACCCAGAAAGCAAUAGCGCUGGUCUCCAGGGAGCCACAGCUGAGCUGUUGUCCGUCCGCUGGAAGGUGUUCUCCCUGCAUCUGGAUAUUUCUGUGCCUUAUCGUACUUGCUAAAGGUAACUCAGUAACUAGUCCCCGGAAGGAAGGUUUGUGGCGACUACACGGUGCUGUUCUUAAACUUGGAGGCUAUUUUGCAAGGGGAUCGCAGAUCAGAGCAUACCGGAUUUUUUUGCUCUUUCAUCUUCGCCAGUUCUCUCUUCCUAAAUACACAGAAAGGAAAUGCACAGUCUUCAUUCUAAGUUAACAAAUCAUGUUAACUUACUUUAUUAAAGCAGUUCUCUACAGGCAGAGCCCAGAAACAUGCUUGUAGCAGCAAGGUCUAGCCUUUUACUACAGCACACAGCUAGGAUUUGCAUUUUUAUUUUGUUUUGCAUGUGGCCGUACAACAGAAUUUGUUGUCCCUGGCUGUUAUUCAGCUACUCUGCUGUUUUCACCAUGCCCAAACUGGUGAUGGACUUAGUGCCCCCACGAUUUGAGCACCGCUGGGUUCUUCAGGCAACAUCUGCCGUGGCACAAUUACCACCCAGGAUAUUUUGCUAUUUUGCAACUGCGGAAGCUGUAGGAGAGGAGACACUGCUCAAGAUCCCUGUUCCCAAACCUACACCAGUGCAAUUAUUAAUAUCUCCACCCGCAGCUGGAGGGGAGAUGCGGGUUUUAGUAGACGCAGCCUUAGUAUUGCCAUCUCUACAUCUUCAGCCUCUAGACUGCAGUGUAAAAUGGGCUAUGGGAGCGUCGGUAACCCCGGUACAGCUCGGUGUGACGGCUGCGUGUACAGGAUAUUAACAAAAGAUGGCAAGCCUUCUGCAAUAAUUCGUGAUUCCAUCGAUCAGUAGUAAACGAUGUACAAAUAAAACUUGAUGAAACGUAUUUUAUGUGGAAAAAAAAAUAAUGUAAGAACUGUAUAUUGUAUUAGCAGCUUUGUGUAUAAAAUGGCAUUUUGGCAAUCAGAGUCUAAUAUAUUUAAUUUUUUUUUUAAAGGAUAUUUGAUAUUGUAUGGAAUUGACUUUAUUGCUACUGUAAGUAUGAAAAGAUAGUUUCUUAACAUGUUGAAACAAUGCAUAAAAUCUUAAGUUGUAUGUAAAACUCAUGCCAAAAGGGUAUGUCUGACAGUAUUAGCACCUGACUCAAUGUCUUUAAUAGAUUGAAUUUUUUAAUUUAAAAAUUAUAUUAAAUUUCUUUUAAUAAUACCAAAAA